GUGGCCGAGUACAUGCGGGAGGCGCUCACCAACCCCGCGCAGGGCUACUACACGCGGCGCGGCGGCGUCGGCGAGAGCGGCGACUUCGUCACCUCGCCCGAGAUGAGCCAGGUGUUCGGGGAGCUCAUAGGGGUCUGGUACGUCAGCGAGUGGAUGGCGGCUGGCAAGCCCGGCGCGUUCCAGCUGGUGGAGCUGGGCCCCGGCCGGGGCAGCCUGACCCACGACAUCCUGCGGGUCUUCAAGCAGCUUGCCUCUUUACUUAGUAAAUGUGAUAUUUCUAUUCACCUGGUAGAAGUGAGUCCCAGACUCAGUGAGAUCCAAGCACAGAUGCUGACAGGAGGGCAGGUGCAGUCAAGCCCCAGGGACGACCCUGUUUACAUGAAAGGCAUUAGCAAGACUGGAAUCCCCAUCUCCUGGUACCGAGACAUUCAAGAUGUGCCACAAGGUUACAGCUUUUAUUUAGCACAUGAGUUUUUUGAUGCCCUGCCCAUACAUAAGUUUCAGAGAACAGAUAGAGGAUGGCGUGAAGUGCUGGUUGAUGAAGAUCCAGAAGUUCCUGACCAGCUCCGGUUUGUCCUGGCACCAUCCGCUACCCCUGCGACACAAAACUUUAUUCAGCCUGAAGAAACAAGAGAGCACGUGGAAGUGUGUCCUGAGGCUGGGGUCCUCGUUCAGAGACUUGCCCAUCGUCUAGAAAAGGAUGGAGGGGCUGCUCUCAUUGCUGAUUACGGUCACGAUGGAACCAAAACAGACACUUUCCGGGGAUUCCGGAAUCACAAACUUCAUGAUGUGCUGAAAGCUCCGGGUACAGCAGACCUGACGGCAGAUGUGGAUUUCAGCUACCUCCGCAAGAUGACGCAGGGAAGAACAGCCACAUUAGGCCCCAUAAAACAGCGGGAAUUUUUGAAAAACAUGGGCAUAGACCUCCGGCUGCAGGUGCUCCUCCAGAAUUCACAGGACACGGCAACCCAGAAGCAAUUACGUAACAGCUACGAUAUGCUGAUGAAUCCCAAGAAAAUGGGAGACUGCUUUAAUUUUUUUGCCCUGUUGCCUCAUCACAGACUUACAUAUCCUGACCAGAAAGAUAAUACCCAACCACGAGCUCCCCUAGUCCCUGUUGCUGGCUUUGGUGAACUCUCACUGAAAUAAGUGCAAAAUGCCUAGGAGCGGACAUUUUUAGGAGCAGUUUAUUAAAAUAAUGAAAGGAGACUAACCUGAAUCCUGUGCAUUUCAUGGUUUCACAUACCCCUAUGCUUUGCAGUACUGUGCUCAACAAUAUCUAGAUAUGCACUAAGGAAUUAAACUAUUUACAAGCCGUCUUUGAAGAGAAAGCAGGGGAAAUGUCACACUUCAUGCCUCCAGGCAAUUUCCUCACAGCAGCCCCGCUUGAGGGCUUAGGCCCACGGUUUUGGGGGAGGCUAAAUUAAAGCCGCUGCAAGGCACCCAUCUGUUUAUGGACCUACUCAAAAGGACGUGUAGACAGACAGAACUUGCACCUGCAAAAACAAGUGGAUGCAGAAGAGGGAACCAACAGCCCCUCUCAGAGGCCUUGCUCUAGAGCCAAGACAAGGACUCACUCUGGAAUCAAGUUAAAGCAGUUCCCCCUUGGCCCAUGAUAAAGGCAUGAUAAAAAUAUGCUUUAAAUAGACCCAGCUGUGGUGCUUGUACAACCGGCAGUAUUCACUGACACCCCUUCACUCUUCCCUAAAGGUCCCUCCAAGGUAACUGUGCAAGCAGGUGUAAACAGGUGUUAGGCACAAGGCUCCUGUUAGCAGCAAUUCCCAGAACUGAGUUCAGACAAAUGACAGGCACAAAUAAAAUGCAAGGUUUAGGAAGGAGCAUUGGAGGGGUGUGACGGAGAGAAUCUAUGCAGAUUAAAAAAGAAAAAAAACACAAAUGUGGUAGGGAAAUAAAUUUUAUUUUCAAGCUUAUCAGAGGAUAUUUACAAACAUGGGGAUGUAUAAAAAUAUAAAAGUAGUUGACAGUGUCCUUUUGAGGCUAUAAAUUUUACAUGAGCUUUUUGUAGCAUCAUCGUAGCACUAUUUCUUGAAUGAAUGCAACUGAAUUCACGUAGGGGUAAGGAUAUUAAACAAUGUAUCUUACUGCUGUCAAAGUUUGCAGUAAAAGCAGAAAAAAGGGA